GCCUGCUGCUCCUUCUCCUCCCUGUCUGUUCCUUCCCUCCCAUGGACUCUUCUGUCUCUGCCUCCUUUGUGCUCUGUCUCUCACGGUCCUCCCUCUGCCUCUCACCCACUCUCCCUCUGUGCUCUCUGUAUUUCACUCUCCCUGUCUUUGUCUCUGCCUUUGACCUUGUCACAUUUUUCUCUCACUCACUGUCUUUUCUUCAUAGCUCUUUAUCUUCCCAACUGUCUCUCCCUCCAAGGUUACUCCUUGUCUCUCUCUGUCUUCGGGACCCUCCCUGGUCCCCAUUUCCCUUUCGGCCUCCUCUCUCCUCAUUCCCUGGGGCCCCCUCUCUCCCCAGCAAUUACCAGCUCUGGCUGGGUCGCCACAACCUGUUCGAGCAUGAAGACACAGCCCAGUUUGUCCAGGUCAGUGAUAGCUUCCCACACCCUGAAUUCAACCUGAGUCUCCUGAAGAACCAUACCCAGCUCCCCGAAGAGGACUAUAGCCAUGACCUCAUGCUGCUGCGCCUGACAGAGCCCGCCCAGAUUACAGAUGCUGUGAGGGUCCUGGACCUGCCCACGCAGGAACCCCAACUGGGGAGCACCUGCCACGCCUCUGGCUGGGGCAGCAUUGAACCAGAUAAGUUCAUAUACCCAGACAAUCUCCAGUGUGUGGACCUCAAACUCCUGUCCAAUGAUGUAUGUGCCAAAGCCCACUCCCAGAAGGUGACAGAGUUCAUGCUGUGUGCUGGACAGUUGGAGGGCGGCAAGGACACCUGUGCGGGUGACUCGGGGGGUCCACUGAUCUGCGAUGGUGUGCUUCAAGGAAUCACAUCCUGGGGCAACAUGCCAUGUGGCAGCCCCAAUACGCCCGCGAUCUACACCAAAGUGAUCUCGCACCUGGAGUGGAUCAAGGAGACCAUGACAGCCAAUUCCUGAAUGCCCCCAACAUGUUCCCUACCCCAGUAAAAUCGA